AUGCAGCCAUCUUGCCUCUGCUUCCUCCUCCUUCUCCCCUACCUUCUCCUCCUCUCUGGGACAUGGGCAAACCUGGAGGGGACCUUCACUAUACGGCUGCUUCAGACCUCCACCUUCCAAAACACCUCCUUUGUGGACACAGAGGGGCUGGGCCUGCUGGAAGACAUUGAGCUUGGUUCUAUUGAUAAGCAUACUUGGACCAUCCGCUUCUACCAGCCCUGGGUGCACCCAGCCCUGCCCCGCAGUGACUGGGACACCAUUCAGAACAUGAUCAAGAUCUAUUUGCAGCAGUUCAACCACCUGAUCAAUGAAGGUGCCAUGCAGAAGGAUGUUCCUUACCCAUUCGUGGCCCAGUGUGUGGCAGGCUGCGAGAUCUACCCCAACAGGACCUCCCGAGCCUUUGCCUAUGUAGGCUACAAUGGCCAGGACUUCCUCAGUUUCGAUGUGGAUAGUGCCAGCUGGCUGCUUUCCCAAGAUACAAACCUGUCACGGUAUGUCCAGGCUGUUCUCCAGAACUAUACUGCCUUCAGCGAGCUGGUAGAAGUCCUCUUCAACGAUACCUGUGUUGACGACAUGGAGCUGUUACUGCACUAUGGGAAGGCAGCUCUGGAGAGACAAGAGCCACCCAUGGCCACAGUCUUUGCCCGCAUGCCCAGCCCAGCCCAGAUCCUGCUGGUUUGCCAUGUCACCGGUUUUUACCCACGGCCCAUCAGUGUGGUCUGGCUGCGGGGUGGCCGGAUCAUCACCAGCGCCAUCCUGCCCAACGCUGACCUCACCUACCAGCUCCGCAGCGUCCUGGCCGUGGUCCCCCGUGAUGGGCACAGCUACGCCUGCCGCGUGCGCCACCGCAGCCUGGGCACCCACAGCCUCCUCAUCCCAUGGGGGAACUCAGAGGUGGUGCUGAUCACAGGACUUGGGGCCGGGUUGCUGGCAGCCAUGAUUGUGACUGCCAUCAUGGCACUUUGGUUGUGGAGACGCAGAAAGCACCAGCAGAUGGAGGAAUCAGAGUGCAGGAACUCCAUCCUGAGCGGAGAAGCCUAG